AUGGAUAGCUACAGUGGUUCGGAAGAUUCAGGACCUACGUUCUGUAUCGGUCAUCAUGAGACCAACAGGACACUAGCAGUGACUCCUCAGGUAGUCCAGAGAGUUCAUGAGAGCAACUAUGAUAUGCUCACUGUCCCGAUCACGACGCCGCAUUUUCACUCCCGGGUCCUAGGGCUGCUGUCGUCCUACUUACCUAACCUACAGUCGCCAUCGUACGAUCCGAUUGGGACCAUGGCGACUUCGCAGAAUACAAGGCCUUUGCUAAUUCCUCCGCUGUCAAAAUUGGACUCGAAUCUUACACCUAACGAGGCUACUAGCCAGAUCGUCGGAGUUACAAGCAGCUGGAUUGAUCUCUGCUCACCUGAUCCACUGAUUGCGGACUUGUCUCGCCAAGUUCUCAUGCUGGAAGUCGCGUAUGCCGCAUUUUGUGGAAUCGGUUAUCUUCUGAUUCCCAGCCCCAAGCUGCACCACGGUGGCACCCACUCGGAAGGUGUGGUCUUUUAUGCUCGAGCUAUCCAAGACGCCCUAAAUCUGGGUCCCUACAUCCAAUUCCAUAUCUGGUUGCGGAUGGUAGAUUCGCCCGACCUCGAGGUUGAUACCAUGGGCGAUUUAGCCCCUCUCGCUCGUGAGGAAUACCUUCAGCAAGAAGUAGGUUCUUCGGCAGGUGUCGACCAGUUUGGGACUUGGGAUGCCUGGGACCUGAUUCGCAAGACCUGCAAAUACCACACUCGCUUGUUUCAACUGCCGCCUUUGCCUGUUCAAUCCCGCUGGCAUUCAGAACCUGUGCACUUGCUGAGCAUCGAUGGAUUAUCAUUUCUGAAGAAUCAGAAGGGAUAUCCCGUGCUGUCCAAGGCACACCAAGCCUUGAUAGCAAAGCUAAUGCGCCUUCGCACCCCGCCCUGGAUUCUACUCUGCGACGUUGGUCAGAUUCCUGGACUUGAUGGCGCUGAUGAUGUCGACGCCAAACAGUCGCAGUUGUCUGGAUCCGAAUAUCCUAGUUUGUCACAAGUGUCGGGUGCGACGAAGAAACACUUUGAUCCGACCCCACACCUCUCUUACAUUCGAAAUCUGCAACAAAGACAGCCACCGCGAACUCCCAUCGAAAGAUUUGGUACCGGCUACCAGGACUAUUUGCAGGCACCUCUACAGCCUCUUACGGUCAAUUUGGAAAGCAUCACCUAUGAAGUCUUCGAGAAGGACCCCAUCAAGUAUGAGUGGUACGAGCGAGCAAUCACCAAAGCCCUGAGAGAUUGGGCCGACCAAAAAAAACCUACCUCCCACCCUGAUGGCAAGGUCAUCCUGGCUGUUGUAGGCGCGGGCCGUGGUCCCUUGGUAACCAGAGCCCUCAAGGCCAGCGCCGAGGCGGGGGUUGAAAUUGAUCUUUGGGCCGUCGAAAAGAAUCAAAACGCCUUUGUUCUGCUGCAACGACACAACGAAACUAUCUGGAAUGGAAAGGUCACCCUUGUCCAAUCAGAUAUGCGGAGUUGGAAAGGUCCUCGUGUGCGCCGACAGGCAACCCAGGAUGAAGGCGCUGGUCAGGUCGGGGAAUCAUUGGGUGUCGAUAAUUCUCUUCUCUACACCCCCAAAAAAGGAGAGAAAGAUGCUGGUCAGGCAUCCGAACCCUCUGGCCAUAGUUCUGAAAUGACAUAUACUCACGUCGACAUUGUGAUCUCGGAACUUCUCGGUUCAUUUGCCGAUAAUGAGCUGUCGCCGGAGUGUUUGGAUGGCAUCAAUGAUCUUAUCAACCCGGUGCAUGGGAUUUCUAUUCCCGCAUCUUAUUCGGCCCAUCUAACACCAAUCUCUGCGCCGAAGCUUCAUUCUGAUGUUACAAAUCAGACCGUGUCCAACCCUGCGGCUCCAGAAACACCAUAUGUUGUUAUGCUUCACGCCAUUGAUUUCUUGUCUACUUCGGACUCGUCGACUAAUGCUGAGAUCGGGAACCAACAAAAUGCGAACCGCUCCUCGGGGAUGACCGGGUCUGCUUCGGCUACCGAUUUCGCACCCCCUUUGUGCAGACCGCAUGGUCCUUCUCCCACCCAAAUCUCGCCAAUGCAUUCCACCAUUUCUAAUGCACACAACGUGCGGCAGACUCGCUUAUCCUUCCCCAUUCAGAAUAGGGGCGUAUGUCAUGGAAUUGCUGGAUAUUUUGAGACCGUGUUAUACGGAGAUGUUGAGCUUUCAACUAACCCGGUGACCAUGGAUGAGAAGAGUGCCAGCAUGAUCAGCUGGUUCCCCAUUUAUUUCCCUCUCAAGACUCCUUUGAAUGUCCCUGAUAAUGGUGAGGUGGUGAUUACUAUGUAUCGCCAGACGGAUGACCGUAAAGUCUGGUAUGAAUGGAUGGUCGAGGUUUUCAGCCUUGAGCGCACCAAUGCAUCUUCAACAAGACUCAACACGCCGGCCAUGAGUGGUGGCCGCUCCGUCUCUCCUAGCACGGAGAGUUUGAAGACCAAGGAGCCCACUCACAACAUGCAAGGGAGCACAGCGAACAGAGCGGAAUAUCGUCGUGUCCGAGUUGGGAUGAGUGAGAUGCAUUCAAGCAUAAAGGAAGGAUGUUUGAUGUAA